UGCGUCAUGCUACUGCAUCCAAAGACAGCCUUAUGGAUAAGUCUGGUGUCCCAAUACUUUUGAUAUAUAGUUCAAUGUGUCCUGAAUGACUAUAAAAAUAUUACAACGAAAAAAAAAACACCAGAAGCUUCAAAUUAAAACAUUUUUAAUCACAUAAUUAUAGUUUUAAACUCUUUCUAUGACAGUGAGACGAUUUAUAGUUAAGUGUGAGCCCCCCAACACGAUUAAAAGAGGAGGGUCUUUUUAUCUCUUUCUCUCUCCCUCUGUCUAUCCAACUCUGUCUGUGUCUGACUCUCUCCCUCUCAAAGCACAUACGUCCAAAAAUAAACUUAAGGAACUGUGUGUCCUCUGUGUAGAAAAACACUUUGCUGUCUGGGAUUGCAACACCACACACACACACACACACACAUACAUGCUCCAGUGCUCAUCUGAGUCUCUGGAUGAUAAAAUCUGCAUUAUUAUUCAUCGCACUACUGGUUCUACUCAACAAAACCCUUUUUCUACCGUCAGUCAUCGUCAGAACACUGGAGAAUGAAACAGAAACUAGUGGACAUGCGGCGAGCACUUUGUCCGUCAUUCAGGGCAGAAUCGGACCCGGACCUAAAAGCACCACAAAGUCCUGAUGGCCAAACGGAGAGAAUGGUGAUGAAGAGGGAGAUCUCUCUGACCAAUGGCAUCUGCCUCAUCGUUGGAAACAUGAUCGGCUCAGGAAUCUUUGUGUCUCCCAAAGGCGUUCUCCUGCACAGCACGUCUUACGGCCUUUCGCUGCUCAUCUGGGCACUAGGGGGCUUGUUCUCUGUUUUCGGUGCUCUUUGUUAUGCUGAGCUUGGUACCACCAUUGGCAAGUCAGGCGCUAGUUACGCGUACAUCUUGGAGGCCUUCGGUGGAUUUUUGGCAUUUAUUCGCCUCUGGACUUCAAUCCUGCUGGUGGAACCGGCCAGCCAGGCUGUCAUCUCUCUGACGUUUGCCAACUAUCUGGUGGAGGCCCUGUAUCCGACAUGCCAACCUCCAUAUGAUGCUGUGAGGGUCAUCGCUGCCGCCUGCAUCUGUGUGCUAAUCUUUAUAAACUGUGCCUAUGUAAAGUGGGGAACCAUGGUCCAGGAUGUCUUUACCUACACCAAGAUCUUGUCCCUCAUCCUCAUCAUAACAAUCGGCAUUUUGAAAAUAAUUAAAGGAGAGACUCAGAACUUUGAGAACCCAUUCGAGGGCUCAUCCAUAGAGGCUGGGAGUAUUGCACUCGCCCUUUACUCAGCUCUGUUCUCCUACUCUGGCUGGGACACGCUCAACUUCGUCACGGAGGAGAUUGUGAAUCCGGAAAGGAAUUUACCACUAGCCAUUGCCAUCUCCAUGCCAAUUGUAACCAUUAUCUAUAUCCUGACAAAUGUGGCCUACUACUUGGUACUGGACAUACCUUCCUUCAUGGCUAGCGAUGCAGUCGCAGUGACUUUUGGGAAUCAGGUUCUGGGACCCUUUAGCUGGGUCAUUCCCAUCGCUGUGGCUAUGUCCUGUUACGGUGGACUGAACGCCUCCAUCAUUGCUGCAUCCAGGUUGUUCUUUGUGGGGGCCAGAGAGGGUCAGCUACCAGACAGUCUGGCUCUGAUCCAUGCUGACCGCUACACUCCAGUCCCUGCACUCCUCUUUAAUGGUGUAAUGGGACUCAUCUUCUUGUGUGUGGAAGAUGUAUUUCUGCUAAUCAAUUACUUCAGCUUCAGCUACUGGCUGUAUGUGGGAUUAUCUGUAGCAGGACUCAUCUACCUUCGCUUCACACAGCCGGACAGACACCGACCUGUGAAGCUUUCACUGCUCAUUCCCUUCAUCUACUGCUUGUGCAGUCUUUUCUUGGUCAUCGUUCCACUUUACAGCGACACAGUCAAUUCACUUAUAGGAGUAGCAAUUGCACUGUCUGGUGUACCAGUGUACUACUUCUGCAUCUACUUGCCUGAGGAGAAGAGACCAAAAUGGUUCAGUAAUCUCAAUGCCACCAUCACCAAAUACACCCAGAUCGUGUGCUACUCCUGUUUAACUGACCUCGAUGUGGAGCCAGAAAAGUUGGCUGAGAACAAGACUCAGUGAUCUACGCAAGAACAGCACACAGAGACCUAAAGACAGCAUAGAUUUUAUUAACAUUUGAAUUGCACAGGAACACCAUGGUGAGCAUAGAACAACGAUGGUGUCCAGUGAGGAGCUGUAAUAUUCGUAUGUAUCGGUCAUUUAUUUUCUGCAUACACCAUGUCUUUUGCGUUUUGUACUGUAUGUUUGAAGUACUGUACCUGGUAUAACAUGAAGAGAAAAUUCAA